CAGUAGGUCGAGAGAGACUUGGCAAAUGAAUACAAUUGACGACGCUUGGAGAAUGGAUCGAGCUUUUCAAAAUAUUCCACUUUUUCUACUAACCCCUAAUAAUUUGUGUAUUUCUCCUUAUUAUAUCAUUAUUGCUUGGACAAUCCGACAUAAAGAACAAUAAAUAAUGUAUCAGCCCGAUGCUAAGGAGUCUCAAGACGUAAAAUGGAAUGAAUUCACGUUGAUUGUGCCUGCCGUGUCAGUUGGUAAUGUAGGACAACUGACAGCUGAUCUGCUGAUUUGUACCUUGUAUAUGAAUAAGGUUGGUUAUCUCUGUGAUGAUAGCAUCUUGCCAAUGGUGGGAAAUGAUCCAUAUACUACCAACUCAGAGGGACAGAUCUGUAACCUGGUGACUGGAGCUCAAGUGUACAUGUCAGCAUCGUUGAAGUUGAUUGUCAUUCAGCAGAGAGCUCCAUUUGUUAAGGGCAAACGAGGUCAGUUCUGUGAGAAAUUGAUGUCUUGGAUCCAAGAGAAACAGUUUAGACAAGUUGUUAUAGUGACCAGUAGUCAUGCUCAUAUGAGAACAGAUACACAGCUCCAGGGGAGCCAGCUACGUUACCUUGCUACACCAGAGUUCGAUGCGCUAACCCAAAAUUCGGUUGAGGAAAAUUUACACUGGAUGCGUCUUGAACCAUCUGAAAAUCCUCUGCAGUCACAAGAUUCUGAUCUCUAUAUUCCGGGAGGAGGAUUGGCAAAAACACUUUUCUCAGCGUGUAAAUUGUCUCAUGUUGCUGCCGUGUGUGUUCUGACGUUCUGUGCUGAAGGAGAGAAUGCUGUGGACGCCAUCCAACUUGCCACAUUCCUUAAUCAGUAUCUGAAGGUUGCAGAUGAAAAGAAUCAGUUUCCAACACCGGGAAAUGUCGGCCGAUCACCGUGGAAAAUCCCCAUCUCUUGGAACCUACUCUAUGGAAAUAGUGUGGAUCAGAUGAUAUACUGAACUGUAACAACCAAGAGAUAUUUGUAAAAUUAAUUAUUAAAAUGAAAAUAUCA